AUGGUAAAGACAGAAACUAUUAUUUCCCGCUGGAGGGAUGUCCUCUCAAAUAACAAGGUUUCGUGGCCAACCUACGUAUUGAUUUGCCUUUUUGGUCUGGGUUCUUGGGUGGCUGUGAACGGCUUAUGGGUCGAACUUCCAGUUUUGGUCAAAGAUUCUCCCGAGGGAUGGAACCUUCCAUCGUAUCUGGCGGUAAUAGUCCAGCUCGCUAAUGUCGGCCCUUUGAUUUACGCCAUAGGUAAUCAUUUUGCUCCGAAGAAAGUUCACGAAAAAACUGCAAUACCGUUCAUCGUUUCAGUCGGUGCUGUUGCUUGUGCUUUGCUUGGAUUCUACUGGAACGAAACAAGCUACAUCGGCGGCGAUAGACACAGUACAGCUCUCUUUAUCCUGUCAUUUUUCUUGGCUAUCGUUGACUGUACUUCCUCUGUGGUCUUUCUAACUUUCAUGUCGUUAUUCCCUUCGUUUUAUUUGAGCGCUUUAUUUGUCGGAGAAACAUCAAGUGGUCUGCUACCCGCUUUUGUUGCCCUUGGUCAAGGUAUAGGCAGCGGAAGCGGAAGUUACAACACGACGAAUGCAACCAAUUCCUCAUCCCACCAGAACACCGCCAAAGAUGACGGUUUGAAAUUUGGUCCGGAAGGUUUUUUCUUUUUCUUGUUUUCAAUCAUGAUUGUUUGUGGUCUGGCGUUUUUGGCUUUAAUUUAUUUACCUGUAGCUAAAAGACAACAUGUGAUGAAAAUCACCCUAAGAAAUGCACAUACAAAAGAAAGUGAUGAUGAAACUCAGCCUCUCUGUGGGGAUUUUCCUAAAUCCGCUAGGACUUGUCAUGAUCCAACUACAACUCAGGACUGUUACAUAAAUCCUAAACAUAGCAGCUGCCAGUCAGUUAGGGAUGAAAUGAACCUGAAAAUCAUUUUUCUCCUGUGUAUUCAAGCAUGGAUAAACUGCCUGUCAAAUGGUGUAUUGUCGUCAAUUCAAGCUUAUGCUAGUGAGCCAUAUGGUGAAAAGACAUAUCAUUUAGGUAAAUUCCAGGUUUUGAUUUUGUCUAGUGGAUUCAGAUGUUUUUCCAGAAACAUCUUUACCUUACUGAAAUGCUGUAUUUAAUUGGUAUAACUCGCACCCCUUGGGGUGUUGAGCUUUAUAGCCCACUCCCCCCCUCAGAAUCACCAGUGACCUUCCAGGGAGGAAGUAAGGAAACAGGCUAUAGCAUGGCUUAUGAAAUACAUUUGGCAUUUACUGGCUUUUAGUAAAAGCUUUGAAGGUAAUAGGUGAAAUCAAAUUCAUUUCAAUAUGUUGGAGGAGGGCGUAUAUCCAGGGGUGAGUGGAGGGGGGGGGGUAUAAUCGGAUCUAUUUUUUGUUUACAGGUAGAUGAGUUAAUAACUGGGGGAGUUUAUGAUUGGAUCUGGGGAGGCUUAUAAGUGGCAGUUUUUCUAUACCUUAGUCCUUGACUUAGACUGCGAGCAGUCUCUCUUUUUCUUCAGAUUUAGUGGGAGCAAUGCACGCGCGCGGGAGCGGCGAAGCCGCAAGACGCGCGAAACGAGGGCGGCAGCCCGAGAAGAAAAAAGAGAGACUGCCCGCUUAGCCAGAGCCAAUGAAUUAAGCGUUGGCCUCACAACGCAAAAUACGAUUGGCUGAUUUGUGAGGCGUUGACAACAAACUGUCAACAAUCGAAACCAUUGACAAGUUGAUGGUGGCUGAAGCACUGCAGGAAAGUUUGUCACGUUUCCCGAAAAAAAAAACAUUAGAUACGGAGCAAAGAGAAGCAUAAGAAGGUCUCAUCUCUCCCGGUACGUGACGUGAUCGCGCAAUUUAAAUGCUCAAAGCCUUUCUUCACUGUCAAGGAACGCUUUCGUUCCAAAACGGUUGUCUUACUUUGGAAAUUAAAACAGAAAGUAGCAUUAGACUGUUUAUUUUAUAAAGCUAAAACAAUAGUAAUUACCAAAGGAUGCACUAGAGAACAUCGCGCUAAAGAACAAAGAUUCUCAAGAAAGGAAGAAAAAACAAAUCAAAAAGGCGCCCAAAGAAUGAUCUUGAGUGACUUGCAGCGUUGGCUUAGCUUUAGUUAAGCUACAAUUAGGAUAUGUAGAACACUGUCCCGUGAAAAUUCAACAUCCUGCAAACAAAAACUAGGCCACGGGUGAUCUCAUUCAAAACAUAAAGCACAGGAAAUGAAUUAUUCAUAUAAGAGAAAUAGUCCAGCUUCAUGACCUCUAAAUGUGAGACCAGCGGCCAAAAUUAAGAUUUGCUCCGUCAGUUAGAAUCGACUCUAACUCUAUGCACUGCAUAAGCUGCGCUUUAAAAAGACAAGUAGAAAAACCUCUGUUGCUCAAGCAAACUCUAAAGUCACGUUUCACGUGCCUGGCCUGUCAACACUUUAGUUUUGACGCCAAAAAAUCACUAGACCGUGAAAGACCAUUCUCUCUGGCUUUGCGGGUAGUCUCUCUUUUUUCGUGCCUCUCCCGUCUCGCGCCAUCAGUCACGCGCGUGGCCAUUUGCGUUUCUCGCGUUUUGCUCGACGGACUACAGAAAAAAGAGAGACUGCUCGUAGUCUAUCCUUGGCUACACUACUUGAACAUCAUAACUUGGUACCUACUUUAGUUACUUUUGGGGAGCAAGCGAUGGCGCAGUGGUGAGAGAGCUGGUGCCAUAUGUGGGUUGAAUUUGUUGUUGGUUUUCCUCCUUUGCUCCAAGAGGUUUUUCGCCAGGUACUCCAGUUUUCCCCUCUCUUCAAAAACCAACAUUUCCAAAUUCCAGUUUGACCAGGAAUCAGGUAGACGAAGAACCACUUUGUGGAUGUGCUACCUUCAAAUCAUCAUUAUUUAUUUAUUAUUAUUAUUAUUACUUGACCUACUCCCCAUCCUCCACAAAAAUGUGUUUUGGUAUGCCAUGCUGGAAAGCAAAAGUCGCACUGGGAAGAGACAAACAAGGAGCUCAUAUAAUCUAAAAUAUUGUAAUCUGCUUUGGUUGUCUCCUCCCAAUAUGUCCCUUGUUCUCCAGCGUGGCAGUUUUGUACCAUGUGAAUGACUAGCUGCAAUAGGCAUAAUCUGUUGUUUCAACCUUCGCUGUUGAUAAAACCAAGUUAUUGUGUUUUACCGAAUGACACUUGUUUAUUAACCUUCAUCAACAGUUGCUACUCUGUCCAGUAUUGCCAGUGCUCUGACUUGUUUUGCUGCAUUAUGGAUUCCAUGUUCUUCACCAACACUAGUAACUGUAUUGGCCAGUAUUUAUACAGUUCUAAGUGGUUACAUCCUCGUACUUGCUUCGCUGAGCCCAACCCCUCCACUUUACAAUUCAGAUGUGGGAAGUGCACUUAUAGUAAGUAUGGAUAUUAAUGUCUGUUUUGAUUAAUCUGGAAGGGGGUAUCAUAGGAAUUUUCGGGUGAGGUUGUUCCAGUGGAACCCUGGAAACCUUUGCCUAUACCAGACCUAGUUCGGCUGAAUUGUGCUACUAGACGUAACUCCCCAAAUCUUUCCUUAGCCUAGAAGAGUCUCUAUUUUCCAUUUAUCAAUGAUUUCUUUGCUAUUAAACUGAGGUAAGUGUCAAUUCCUGUUUUCCUUAGUCUUAACGAGAAUCUUCAAGCAAUAUAAUUUCAUCAGUUUCCUGGAAAAUGAUAGCCUAUUCUAGGCUUAAACUCUCUGAUUUGUAUACCCCAUCCCAGACUAACCUGCUUGCCUUUGGGAAAACCAUACCCUUUAAAGCAGCACAUACCUAUAAUACCCAAAUAUGGCAGUACCCCACUCUCCCCCCCACCAUGGAGGAUUUUAGUAACUCGUUGACCACACUUGUAAAUUGCCGAUUGUCUUGCCUCCUGCCAGUUGGGACUCAAAUUAAUCAAUGUUAUGUUUCAUAUUUAAUUUGCUUGGAAGCAAGGUAAUUUUUGGUACUUUUUUUACAAAUGUUGUGCACUUUUUUUGUCCUUGCAGAUUCUGGUCAGCAUCAUAAGUGGUAUUCUAAUCAGCUUUACCAAACUGUCCAUUUGUACAAUAAUGCGCAACCAUGGUUACCGAGCAUUGUUCUGGUGUGGCGUCAGUAUACAGACAGGCUCCUUUAUCGGUGCAAUAGUCAUGUUUCCACUGGUUAAUAUUUUAAAGGUUUUUCACCAGGCAAAAAGUUAAUAUUAGCCGACAUUAGAAUUAUGGUGAAAAAUGUAUGAACUUCUGAUAAUUAUACCAAAGCACUAUUUGACAUACUUGAUCUCCAGUAUUUGCAUUAUCCACAAAAAAUUUCAUCUUCAAUUAUAAUAAAAAAUGCCUUAUCUGAACAAAAUACCAAAAAAAUUACUACGAGUUUAGUUUGGUUUUAAAUUGGAAACAUCAUGUAUUUAGAUGUGCAUCUAUGUGUGGUCUAUGUCUUGGGUAGCUCAUUUGGCUUUGCAAAGGGUGCAAGCUGUUAUCUUUCUUAGGUGAUUAAAAGUGGCAUGUAUUUUGUAGUUCAGACCAGUGGAAGUGAAACAUGUUUGUGCCAAAUCUGUAGCUGAUGUUCUGUCCUUUUAAGUCUUUGCUUGGUUAAUAACCGAAUAAGAACAGUAGCAAGACAUUGAUUUCAAAAUGUGUGAUACAACUGUAGGUGCAUACAAAGGAAUUAAAGUAAUUAAAAUAAUAAAUAAUAAUAAUACACUGUAAUGAUGAUAUUGUUCCAAGAGACAGGAAAAAUAUCACUUUUUUUCUGAAUAAAACAACAACUUUUUGUUUACUUUUUCUUUGAUAAAUUUC